CAUUUCACAGGACAGUUGCUUUAAUCCAAAAUACAGAGUAUUAAGAGACAGUAAACUUUUGUCAUUUUUAUUAACACUAUUUUCAUUUUCAAAAGCUGUUCAAACAAUAUAGAACUUCAAAACCGAACACUAGUCUCAGAAUUCCAUCUCAUGAGAGUCUCUGAUGAUCCAGGACUGCAGCUCAUCCUCUUCGGGUUAUUUCUGUCUAUGUACCUGGUUACAGUGCUUGGUAACCUGAUCAUCAUCCUGGCUGUCAACUCUGACUCCAACCUCCAUACUCCCAUGUACUUCUUCCUCUGCAAUCUGUCCUUGGCUGACAUCUGUUUUAUCUCUACCACAGUCCCAAAGAUGAUUGUGAACAUCCAAACUCACAGCAAGGAGAUAAUCUAUGUGGGAUGCCUUACACAGAUGUCAUUUUUGAUCCUUUUUGGAUGUAUGGAUGGCUUGCUUCUGACUGUGAUGGCCUAUGAUAGAUUUGUAGCUGUCUGUCACCCACUGCAUUACUCACUCAUCAUGAAUCCUCGCCUCUGUGGCUCUUUAGUUUGUCUGUCUCUUUUGGUUAGUCUUGUGGAUUCUCAGGCACACAAUCUCAUUGCCUUACAAAUCACCUACUUCAAGGAUGUAGAAAUUUCCAAUUUCUUCUGUGACCCUGCACAACUCCUUAAUCUUGCCUGUUUUAACACAUUCAUUAAUAACAUAGUCAUCUAUUUUGUUGGUGCUAUAUCUGGUUUACUUCCUAUAUCUGGAAUUUUCUUCUCUUAUUAUAAAAUUGUUUUCUCCAUUCUGAAAAUACCAUCAUCAGGUGGGAGGUAUAAAGCCUUCUCUACCUGUGGGUCUCACCUGUCAGUUGUUUGUUUAUUUUAUGGAACAGCCAUUGGAGUAUAUCUUGGUUCAGCUGUAUCACAUUCUCCCAGAAGUACUGCAGUGGCCUCACUGAUGUACACUGUGGUCACUCCUAUGCUAAAUCCUUUCAUCUAUAGCCUGAGGAACAAGGACAUUAAAAGAGCAGUGAAGAGACUCCACAGAAGAACAUUGUAAUAGUAGGGCAUGUG